GAUACAAGAGAGAACUCCAGUAGUAGAAAGUGAGGCUAGUGGUGCAGCUGAUGGUAGGCAGCAGGAAGACAGUGAAGACAAGGCGAUCGAUAUUGAAGAUUUUGAAGAUAGUGAUGAGGAGCCUGAUUUGUACUUCACUGACCCCCAAGAGCUGUUGGACAUAUUUUCUGAACUGGAAGAACAAAAUUUGUCUCUCAUUCAAAAUAGUCAAGAGACUGAAGAGGCCCUAGAAGAGAUGAAAUCAACAAUAAAGGAAACAAAAUUGAAAAUGGAGAAAGAAACCAAAAUGCUGACAGAACAGAUAGAGAAACUUCAGUCACAAAUUCAUAAAGAAGAAGCCAAAUCAGCUGAUCUAAAAAUGAAAGCAAAAAUGUUCAAUUAUGGAGAAUUUCGAGCAGAUGAUGACCAAGAACAACAUCUAGCAGAGCUAAAUAAAAAAGUGGAAGAUGUUUACAGACAUUGUAUUGGUGACAAUGAAGCAAAUAUCAGCACCCUGCAGAUGCUGACAAAUAUAGAAAACAGGCUGGAGGAAUUGUUUGAGAUCAUUGAAACCAUGCCUCCGGAAAAAGUGGAAGCUGCAGAAAAGGCAAAGGACAAAGAAAGGAGGCUGAAGCUGCGAGAGGAGAAACUGGAACAGUUGCGGCUGCACCAGGAGGAGAGAGUCAGAAAAGCACUGGAGAGGGCGCAGGCAGCUCCUAAAAAACAGACUGGUAAGAAGCUGGUCUUUAGAUCGGAACCCCCACAGCUGGAGAAGAAAGAAGAUGAAGGAGCCGACCUGGCAACCAAAGAGGAAGAAGAGCUGCAGUAUUACUUCUCUUGGUAG